AUGGACACCACAGUAGAUCUGGGUAGACGCAUCGUGCAGAUGUUUUGGGAUCCUGAACCAACUAACGACGUCGUCCGUGACCAACCAGUUUGGUGCCUCGGAUCAUCCUACAAGCUUAACAAUAGUGGUGGCAAUAGUAGUAACAGUAGUAGUGGCACCGGGCCCAGCGGGCCAAACCCCAAGCUUGAUACGGCUUUGGCAUUUGAGCAGCCGGCAAAAGAACCUAUCCAUGCUCUAGCAACGGCUCCCACCAGACUCCCUGAGACCCCUCCAGACUCUACCUCUAGUAGCCUCGAUUCAUUUCUGGCCUACGACGAAGCAACCUCUGGCGGGGGUUGGCCCCCAGCCUUUCUCGACGAUUUCGAGUCUAGAAUAUGGAUGACCUACCGGUCUGAGUUUGAUCCCAUAGCCAAGUCACAGGACCCAAGGGCCCUAUCUGCCCUCUCUUUCUCAAUGCGCCUCAAAAGCCAAUUAAGCGAUCAGGGCGGGUUCCCAUCGGACAGCGGGUGGGGAUGUAUGAUUAGAUCCGGGCAGAGCCUUUUGGCCAAUGCCAUGCUCAUCCAUCGUCUUGGUCGAGAAUGGCGACGGAAUAUGCCUAACUCGGAAGAGAGGAAGAUAAUAUCAUUAUUUGCCGAUGACACACGAGCACCGUACUCCAUUCACAACUUCGUACGCCACGGUGCUUCUGCGUGUAACAAGUAUCCUGGAGAGUGGUUUGGUCCUUCGGCCACGGCAAGGUGCAUACAAGCUUUGACGAAUGCCAACGAGCCGGUAUUACGCGUAUUCUCGACAGGGGAUGGUCCCGAUGUGUACGAAGACAACUUCAUGAAAAUUGCCAAGCCACAUGGUACGGCAUUCCACCCGACAAUAAUACUAGUUGGCACGAGGCUUGGCAUCGAUAAGAUCACGCCGGUAUACUGGGAAGCCUUGGCAGCAUCUCUACAAAUGCCACAGUCAAUUGGUAUUGCAGGUGGGCGUCCCUCAUCGUCACAUUACUUCGUCGGGGUCCAGGGCCUUUAUUUCUUUUACUUAGAUCCCCACUAUACAAGGCCUGCUUUGCAACAUCACGAUGAUCCAGACGAGUAUACACAGGAAGAAUUAGACACUUGUCACACCCGGAAACUACGGCGUCUACAUGUCAAGGAGAUGGAUCCCAGCAUGCUCAUUGGCUUCCUGAUUCGGGAUGAAGAUGACUGGAGAGAUUGGAGAAGAAGUGUCAAACACGUCCAAGGUAAAGCCAUAAUUCACGUGUCAGAUCACGACCCAACCGCGCACUUACAUGAAUCUGGGGGUAUCGACGAGGUUGAAACGCUUAGCGAUGACGAGGAUUCGGUCUCGGAAUAA